UAAAUCUAUAGAUAUAUCUAUCAUAUAAAUUAUAUUUUCGAAGCAACAUUCAAUGUUUAGUUGGAACUAAUUUUACCUAUCUAAUGGGGACUUACAUUAGUAAAGAUACUCGGCGAAUCAGUUUUGAUAAUGACUUUGCAUUAAGUUCUCCUAUACCCCUUCAAAAAUCUAUUGAAGCAGAAAAUGUGAUAGCAUUUGAUAACCUACCACCAGAACCAUCGGAUGAAAUUCUAUUUAAAGACGGUACAGAUUUUCAAGAAGAUGGUGAAAUGGAAUAUUGGUCACAUAGAAUAGAUUAUCUUAAGAAAGAACAUCAAGUCAUUAACAAAAUAAUUGAGUCUGAAUAUGAUAAAAGCAUUGAAAUAACUAAUAAAACAUAUGAACCUCCCAAAAUCACUCAUGAAAAAAUACAAAAAAUUAAACCUUGUUUUGAUUGGAGAACAAAGAUUAUGAAAUGCUAUGAAGAAAAUUCUCAUCAACCUUUGGUGUGUUCAGCGUUAGUGCAAGCUUUUACUAAUUGUGUGACAAAUUGCAGGUUAGAAGAUUAAUAUUUUAGAUUUUUUACAUCAAUUUAUACAUGUUUUGUCAAUCCACAAUAAAUGAUUGUUUCAAUAUAUUUUUUUAUUAUUUUCUUACUGAUUAU